AUGGCGCAGACUCCAGCACAUAUUCAGUAUGCGCAUGGACCGGACCGUCGCAUCUCAGCCUACAGAGACGAGUUUGUCAAGUUGCAAAGUCUGUACCUCGAGCGCCGUUACAAACAGUGUAUUGCUCUGUGCGAACAACUGCAGAGACCAGGGGUAUGGCAACAUUUCCAUUUGUAUGCUCCGGGCUGGGCAAAGUCUCAUAUUCUGACAAGUGAGCAGAUACAUCCCGUGCAUGAGGUGUUCCUCUGCUUCUACCACGCGAUAUCUUACGAAUCUCUGGGCCUGAUAGCUCAUGACUACUCGAGCAACAAGCUUCGAUUCCUCGAUUUUGCUAAAGAAAGUUACAAUCUGGCCUUGAAGAGUCUCCCUCUUCCCUACGUAUCUACCGAGGCGGGCAAAUACGAGCAAAAUGCACAUUCUCCCCUUGCUUCGGUGUUCGCAGCACCAGCCUUGCACCAUGUGAACGCAGGGAUCCAGGAUACGCCGUCAAAGAUACUCGCGUCUGGACUGGUAGAGUCUGCCUCCGCCUGCAGUAUCUACUCGACGGACAGCAUGAUAUCAGAGCCAUACACUGUUCUCGAUUCAAGCACACCGUCGUCGUCGUCGAGCAAAAAAUAUGACCCGACAACGCCUAGAGCGCAGGGAGCACUGAAAAGUCUCGAAUCUGACCAUCUCAGAGUCCCAACUACCCCCGCGCCACACAAGUCACGACUGAGCCAAAGCAUGAGUCUGGAGCAUCAACUAGCUGACGAUCUCGUUCCAUCACCCUUGUUCAGUCGAAAAUCGAAGCAAGCGCGCAUCACCGAAUCGGUCCCAGACGUCACGCAUCGCCCACUCCCUCCUCUGCCGUUUGGCCAUCAGUCCAAUUUCGAGGUCCGCGGCUCGCGCAUCGUGCAAGUCCUGCGCAAGACUGCGGUGGAUACUCUCAUUGCGCAGUAUGAAGGAUGCUUGCCUCUGUCACCGUCUCCCACGCAAACACUCUCACCAACGGUCCACCGAAAUGCCGGGACAGUAACUGAGUCGCCCGUGACGCCACGUUUCAGAGCGAUUCGCGACGCAUUCACUCCCAAUCCUGUCAACGGGAAUCUCGAAGCCUAUCUCUCCUCACCUGAUCUGUCCGAGUACAACGCGUCUCUCGCAGAUUUCCGCAUGCAACUGCGCAACCACAUGAUCUACUUGGACAAAGAAAUAAGUCGCGUCCAUAAAGCUCAGGUCGAACGUACUGCGACGAAAGCGCUGUGCAAGACUAGAUUCGCGAGUUUCUGGUCCUUUGAACAUCUCGCCAACACUCCGAAGCGGAAAUGUCGUCCUCUACAAGACAUCGACGCAACUUCCAGUCCAGACUCAGGAGUCAAGAUCACGGGUGAAAACGAGCCUCGAGCCCAAGCAAGCAACGAGAGGAUCGACAAAUUGCGACUUGAAGGAUGGCACGUUCGAAAAGAAGACCAUGGCUUCAAAGGGGUGCAAUGGUACGAGGACCUCAGCAGGCGUGUGGAGACCGAGCUUGCUGCUGCGGCUAGGAAAGCCAGUGGCACGGGCUGA